AGGUUUAGGAUCUGCAUCGAAUUGUCUCUAUGAGCAUUCCCUCAGAUCUUGUGUGAGCUCGAACAAACGUGAAGCCGCCAGGAGCUACGCCUGGCUAUCGCUCAAGCUUUCGAAACGAAGCUGACGUCUACCUGGGGCGAUAAAGAAACAUGUGUUCCGCGGCGCUGAGUGCGCGAGCAUCCCUCCGUGAAAUUCUGAGUCGCCGAAUCGUUCCCUUGUGUUGCACGGAUUAUCGAGGAGCUCAUUAUAGAACUCGCUCAAUUGUUGCCAAAGUUCGCCCGAUGCGCAUCAAGAAUGUCAGUGAAGCACCGGUGUCAAACAGGCGCGAUCGGCGCCUCAAAGUCGGAGAACGGGCUCAAAGAGACCACGAAGUGGAAGAGCCAGAUGACUACUUGCUCAGCAUCAAUAGCAAGAGCGAAUUAGGACAAUACCACGCACAGGUCAAGGAACAGUUUGAUGAACGCGCCAAGCGUUUGAAAAACGCGAUUCUAAGGAAAGAAUUAACACCGCCACCUUUGGAGAGCAAUCUUCUGCAUUGGGCGGCCAGGCAACAGAUCAGGUACCUGCACGAGAAAAAUCCACAGGACUGGCCGCCGGAGAGGAUCGCCGAAGAGUUCCCCAUAAGUGUAAACGGAGCUAAGCGCCUCCUGCGCAGUAAAAGGCGCAUCAAGCCAGAGAGCAUCGAAGCGCACGACAGAGAGGUGGAUGCAAAAUGGAAGCUCUUGAAGAAAAUUCGGUUCUCGAAAAGGGUACCAGAAGAGGGACCUGUCACACUUCACGCGAAAACGAUUGAGCUGUACCUCACAGGCCAGCUACAAAGUGAAAAUCUUAAAGCGGGCAACCCGAGUUUCCCGCCAGCGCCGGCUGAUAAGGAUAUUGCCUUCCCGUUCGCCGUCGGGAAAGAAGGCUCGUUUUUCAAGAUCUUCCAGGAGUAUAAGACCUUGUCGAAGGGAAACCAAUCGAAUGAUCAGGACGAAAUAAGCACAGUCGAAUCGGCUGGACAGGAGGAGAAGCCAGCGUUCCAAGACGAGAUCGGAGAUGACCCCGAAGCAGCGACUCAUCUCGAUUUACCGUAUCGUUUGAGGGCCCGAUUGGAGAGAUCUUUCCGGAAUGAGUCGAUGAAUCUCGAGGAUUUCAAGAGUAAGCUGAAUCUGAAGGAGCAAGUGCGGCUUGGAGCAACGGGACAGCCCGAAGAAGUCCCAACGAGGAAGAAAGAUUUCCGUUUCUCGUCGAAACCUCAUGUGAGAAUCGAGAAGUUCGUCGAGCCCCCCAAGAGAAAGAAACAACCCCUGGAAACUGCGGAAUCCCCACCGGAAAGUGACGCGCCACGGUCUUCUGACGGCGAAACUCUUUUCCGAAUUCCGAAGUAUUGA